AUGACCCAGAACAUGCAAGAGAAGCCUAUGCCAUUGGGCAUUCAGCGAAGCCGGAGCCGGCUCGGUGAGCUCCUCGCGGCAGACACCCUCGUUGCUGCCGGUUCAGCAACUCUUAUUACCCCAGCGGUCAUGAUCUUUGACAGACUCGUCGUUGAAAAGUCAUUCUACAACCAGCCACUUCUUCCAGCGUUCCGCAAGCAUCUAUGGAUCUCCCUUACACAGCCAUCAACCUUCUUAACUUCACGACCUGCCCUGCUCGUCUGGUCUCUUUACACCGCCACUUUUGCAACCGCCAAUGCCUCCGAGACUCUCUUUGAAAAGGUCUACCCCAAGGUCGACCACGCCAUUGCCAGCAUGACCACCUUCGCUUCCACCUUCGUUGUUAAUUCCUCUGUCGGAAUCUGGAAGGACGUCAAAUUCGCCCAAUUGUUCGGUUCACCAAAGCCAACGUCCCCUCCAGUCGACCCUCCCAAGGCAGACAAACCACCUCCUAAGACAGUACGCACCCUCGGUCGCACCAAGAUCCCCUUAGCCACCUACUCUGCAUUCCUCCUCCGCGACGGCCUUACCAUCUUCGGCUCCUUCACCCUCCCCUCGAUUGUCUCAACUGCCAUUCCCGACUCCGUCGCCUCCCAAGAAUAUCUCAAAAUCCUUAUCGCCCAACUCGCCAUCCCCGCGUCCAUCCAACUCAUCAGUACCCCUAUUCAUCUCUUCGGUUUGGACCUUUAUAAUCGACCCCAGAUCAUGCCUACCAAGGAGCGACUCGCUCGAAUCAGUCGUGAUUGGGUCGGCGCUUCACUGCUACGCAUGUGUCGCAUUAUCCCCGCCUUUGGUAUCGGCGGCUUCGUCAAUACUGAAGGUCGACUUUAUCUACACGAGCAGCUGGAUGAGCGCCGCAACCCUUCAUGA